AUGGAUGAAUUAGUGCACACAACACUACUAAAAGAAUUGAAAGAGAAUAAAACAAUAAAAGUUGUGAGGUUGAUGAAAAAAAUGUCCUAUGAUAUGGCAUCCAAUAUCUUAUUUGACAUAGAUCAACACACAAGGAAUAUUUUAUUUAGUGAUUUCAUCACAUCAUUUAAAGCAAUUCACUCUCUUCCAAUAAAUCUUCCUGGCACCUCAUUUUGGAGAGGCCAAAAAGCUAGAGCAAGAAUUGUGGAAAAGAUACUUCCUAUUAUGAACAAAAGAAGGGAAGAAUUAUCAAAAGGAGUUCUAAGUUCUUCCAAUGAUAUGCUUUCAUGCCUUCUUGCAGUAAGAGAUGAAAAUGAUAAGCCUCUAGACGAUGACAUCAUUACCGACAAUUUUAUUUUUUUGUUUGUUGCAAGUCAUGACACAUCUGCUACUCUUAUGACAUUGAUGAUAUGGAAGUUAUCAAGAGAUCAGGAGGUUUAUAACAAAGUUUUAGAAGAACAAAUGGAAAUUUUAAAGCAAAGGAAUGGAAGUGAAGAGAGGUUAACAUGGGGAGAGAUACAAAAGAUGAAAUACACAUGGAGAGUUGCUCAAGAAUUGAUGAGAAUGAUCCCUCCUUUUUUUGGUGUAUUUAGGAAAGCACUUAAAGAUAUUAGUUACCAAGGAUAUGACAUACCAAAAGGGUGGCAGGUAUAUUGUGCAUCAAGUGGAACACAUAUGGAUAAAGAUAUAUUCGAGAAUCCACACAAGUUUGAUCCAUCUCGUUUUGAAAAUCAAACCAAGUCAAUUCCACCAUUUUCAUACCUUCCAUUUGGUGCAGGGUGUCAUUAUUGCAUAGGAAAUGAGUUUGCUAGGGUUGAGACAUUAACUACCAUUCACAAUUUUGUGAACUUGUACGAAUGGUCUCAAUUGAAUCCAGAGGAAACUAUUACUCGUCAACCAAUGCCAUAUCCAUCUUUGGGCCUCCCAAUUGAGAUCAAAUCAAGAUGUAAUAUGUCUUAA